UCCAACAGCCCAAAAGUCAGGGCCGGCCCUCCCCACAGCAGUCAGUGGCAAAUGACAGCAAUCCGCUGCCUCUCUCAUUCUCACUCUCAGUAGGUGCUGCUAAAUGAGCCGGGAUGGAUGGCUGGCAGGGCCCAGAGGACAGCUCCCUGCAGCCGGGCUCUGCAGAAGUUUUGCUCCGUGGCCAGUUCCCGCUGGUGCCAGCGCUGAGACACAGCUGUGCCCUCACUCUCACUCGCGGUGGAGAGCUGCACAUCCAGGGAGUGGAGGCUGGUCUGGACAGCCUGAGCACGGUGCUGAAGCUGGCAGACUGCAUCGGCUGCUGCUCCUUCAGAGGCGGAGAGACCCAGGAGCCAGCAGCCUAUUUCUCCAUUUUCUGCUACCCCUUCAAGAAGGGCUGGUGGGAUUCCUCAGCGUCCAGGCAGAGGGUGGUUAAGACUUUCCAGGUCUCCCGGUCUCAGGAUGUAGAGGAAAAUCUCAAGCUAGCUGAGACCUGGGCUAAGAAAAUCAGGGAGCUCUCCCUUCCCAAGAUCCCAAAACAGGAAGGGGUGACUUACGACCUCCUGCCACGUCCCUGCCAAGUGCUGGUGCUCCUCAACCCCCAGAGCGGAACGGGCCGCGCGCUGCAGCUCUUCCACUCCCACGUGAAGCCGAUGCUGACGGAGGCGAACAUAGCAUUCACCGUGUUUGUGACGGAGAGACCCAACCAUGCUCAUGACUUUGUGCAGAAUGGUGACCUGUCCAGUUGGAACGCCCUGGUGGUCAUGGCUGGAGAUGGCCUGAUGUUCGAGGUGGUGAAUGGACUGAUGGAGCGACAGGACUGGGAGUCUGCCCUCAAGAAGCCACUCUGCAUUUUGCCAGGGGGCUCUGGGAAUGCGCUGGCUGCUUCAAUCAAUCACUACGCUGGGAAUGAGCCUGCCAUCAAGGAGGAGCUGUUGACCAAUUGCACCUACAUCCUCUGCAAGGGUCUGCACACACCAAUGGACCUGGUCUCCCUACGCACUGCCUCCGGCAAGCGCCUCUUCUUCUUUCUCAGUUUUGGCUGGGGCUUCAUCUCAGAUGUGGACAUCACCAGCGAGAGGUAUCGCAAGCUGGGCAAUGCCCGCUUCACCAUGGGCACCGUCCAGUGCCUGGCCAAACUGGAGGUCUACAAGGGGCGUCUCUCCUACCUGCCUGUGGGGGAGACCUCUGCUUCUUCAUCUCCCUACAGGGAACAGAGCAGCUCCUCAGGGCAAAGUGGCCACCACACCUGCUACAGAAAUGGCCACCCCAGCCACAUCCUCCCCCAGACAGUCCCAGGGAUGUCCCAUGUCCCUGAGGGGACCUGGCCAGAGGACUCCCUCCUUGUCCCCUUUAACCAGCCAGUCCCAAAGCACUGGACUGUGGAGCCAGAGGAGGAGUUUGUCUCCAUUUUUGCCAUUUACCAGUCUCACCUGGGAGCAGACUAUGUCAUGGCCCCGAAGGCCAAGCUUCAUGAUGGCUCUAUUCACCUGUUUUACUUGAAGGCCGGGGUCUCCAGGACAGCGCUGCUCAAAUUGUUUCUAGCUAUACAGAAAGGGACCCACAUGGACUUAAACUGCCCCCAGCUUCGGUACAUCCCCGUGAGAGCCUUCCGUAUCGAGCCCUUUGUGGCUGCUGGCCUCAUGACUGUGGAUGGCGAGAUGCUACCCUGUGAGCCGGUUCAAGGGCAAGUGCAGAACCAACUCUGCAGGAUCAUCGGUGGCCCCUGAUUCCACCCCCAAGACCUUGAAAAUAAAAUAGUUCCAAAAGGCUUUGAUCGCGUGCGUCACUGAGCCCCCGGGGUGCUGGGACACAGGACAGGCUGGGAGCACCGCAGGGAAUAUUUAUGCACCUUGCUACUCCAAAGCAUCCUUUUCCUUUUAGAGUAGUUCUCAGGGGCCUCUGGUUUUCUCUUUGCCCAGUCCUGGUCCCUCCCCUGCCCAGAACGAUGACUAUUUUGCCACCUGAUGACAUGCACUUUAUGGAAACCUCUUUCUUACUUUCCUCACUCAACUUGGAAGUGAGAAGAGAGGCAUCCAAUGGGCACAGCCUGCUGGAAGGGUCAGGCAGGUCUGGCCAAACAGUUUUUAUAGGGAAGUGAUGCAAGGGACUCGGGGCUCCUGGGUUGCAGUUGAUGCUGGGGAAUAUAUACAGAAGUGGGACACAUCACUUACCAGAGCAGAUUAGCAGGUACAAAGGCAUUUCCUUCCCCUUCACCUCAGCAAUUUCAAUACUGGACUGACUUCUGCACCCAGAAUGACCUAACGUGGCAGGGAUUCAGCAGAUAAGACCAGACAUCUCACCAGACCAAAGUGUCCUUACAGUACAGGCCUCCUCUGAAGGGAAACAAGGAACAGAACUGCAAGGAGAAAGCCAGUCUGCUCCCUUCCCAGAGCUCACCGCACAUACUCGAGGCACCAUUCCCUUCCUCCAACGCAAACACCUCCGCCGAGUAGACCCUGGACACCAUGCCUGUCUCCAAUGCCAGCCGAUGCCAAUUGCUCCAAAAUCACCGGACCCUUGGGGAAAUGAAAUGGCUCGAGCAGAAACAAUGAACUUUUGGGACCAACGUUUGCGACAGUAAAUCAAAACUUUUAUUUUAUUUUUUAAAUAUUUCUAUCAAGAGCUCCCUGUAGCUGCUGAGUAUAUUCUUAUGAGAAAAAGCACAAUAAAGAUCUAGCUUUUGCUAAACUA